CGCAUCUAAGUAAUGUAAUGGCCACCUCAGACUUCCGUUCAAUUCUACUUUCUCAGUUGAAAGUCAGGAGUAAGAAAGAGGGAAGUUCGUUUGCAGAAAUCAUCAGAUCACACAACAAAUUGUUUGAGAGUUAUGAUUCACUAAAGAGUAGGAUCAGUCAAUUAGAGGUGGAAUGUACGAAUCUGCGUCAGGACAAUUUAGAGUUGGCAAGACGGCCAGGAAGCGGUGAUGGCACAUCAAGUGUUGCUGAUCGUGAGCGGAUCAUGCGACUGCAUGUUGAGUUGAACGAUUUACACAGAAAGAAAUCAGAAAAUGCAGAUCAAAUCAUUGAGAUGACGAAGACAAUUCAAGUCAAGGAAGAACUUAUACACAAGCUUGAGGCUCAAUUACAAGAGACGACUGCUGAAAAGAGGGAGGCAAUAAUACAAGCAAAUUCCUUCAGACAAGCUCUUGAAGAUGUGGAAAAGGCAAAUCAGGUAUUAAAGGAUGAACAGCAAGCAUUGCAGCUGGCUUGUAAUGCUCAAGAUGAAAAGCUUAAGAAACUACAACACGAUAAUCAUGACUUAGUUGAGAGAUGGAUGGCACAGAAAGCUAAAGAUGCUGAUAAAAUGAAUCGCAAAAACGAAGAAGAAGCAACAAAAGCACGACUAACUAUGGCACAACAAGAAGUGAUAGCUGGUGAUCAAGAGCAGUCCUCUUCUUCUAGUGCUGCUGCUUCUGCUAUCGCUGCCAUCAAACAGGGUCCAUCAGCUUUACUAAGACGUUUAAGUACAAAAUCGAAUGCUGAAAGCUCAGAAGAAGUGUCCAACCAUCAGUCAGUUUGUUACAAUGCCAUCAUUCCAGCAGUUGCUUCACAGAAAUUUGAUGCACAUGAUGGUGAAGUCGUUGCUGUGAAGUUCAGCACAUCUGGCAGAUUACUGGCAACUGGAGGAUCUGACAGGAAAAUUAAGUUGUGGGAAACAUUGGCUGGCAAGCAACAUGAGAAAGGGACAUUGCUGGGCAGCAAUGCUGGUAUUACAUCUGUUGAAUUUGAUCUGCAGGAAAAGCUUGUGUUGGGCAGUUCUAAUGAUCAUAGUGCUAGAGUGUGGGGAGUCACUGAUCAGAGAUGCAGACAUGCAUUGACUGGCCACUCCAACAAAGUGAUGACAGCUAGGUUUUUAGGAGGAGAUGCAAUAAGAGUGGUUACAGGAAGCCACGACAGAACUUUAAAAGUGUGGGAUCUAAGAAGCAAAUCUUGUGUAAAGACCAUAUUUGCUGGUUCUAGUUGUAAUGAUUUAGUUGUUAGUGAUGGAGCAGGAGCUUGUGUCAUCAGCGGUCACUUUGAUAAGAGAAUAAGAUUCUGGGAUAUCAGAUCUGAUGCGAGUGCUAAUGAGAUUUCUCUUCAAGGCAAAGUCACAUCACUCGAUUUGUCCCCAGACCGGACAUUGCUGUUGAGUAGUUCACGUGAUGAUACAUUGAAGUUGAUCGAUUUGAGAAUGAAUCAAGUGACAGGAACAUUCAGUGCUGAUGGAUUCAAAGUUGGCGUGGACUACACAAGAGCCUGCUUCAGUCCAGAUGGCAUGUUUGUAGCUGCUGGAUCACAAGAUGGUAGUUUGUUUGUGUGGCAGACACAAACGGGAAAAUUAGAAAAGACAGUUCGAGAACACAGCUCUUGUGUUGUGGCCUGCACGUGGCAUCCCAGUGGAUCAUCUUUGGUGAGCUGUGAUCGCACCAAGAAAUGUAUCUUUUGGUCUGACCAUUGAUUUCAUGUCACUAUUUUUGUGCUGACUUUUUGCCUCCUUUGUACAAAUGAUGUGGUCGUGUUUGUGUAGCAUUUCUUAGGAAUGACACUUACCAUAUUG